AUGGGUGAUUUCAAAGCCCGCAUCAAGGCCAAGCUCCUGCGAAGACACAGCGCGACUCCUACGCUGGGUUCGAGCAAGCCGAGUCUUGGCCAGGAUAGGGCUUCCAGCAGCACACGUACGCGAACUUCCACUACGGGCUAUGCGGCUUCGUUGAGUACGGCUGCUACCAACGACGAUAGACCGAGUAAUAGUUCUAUUCGUUCUAACGAUAGUCCACCGAAGAGGAUAGGAAAUGGGUUUGGUGUUGAUGUUGAUGUUGGUGUUUUAGUCCCAGUGUCAGUCCCGGCCCCAAUCACAGCUCCGGUUCCAAUUCCGAGUCAAGUCCCAGCCCAAACCCAAGACCAAGACCGAAACCAAGACCGAGGCCGAGAUCAAAAUCGGGAUGAAGCUGAGACGGUUCCACCAGAGCUAGAGAAGCAACUAAACCUAGUCGACAACUCUAAUAUGAAUAACACUCAUAAAGCUCUCAAAACUGUGGCUGUGGAUGUAGAUGUGGAUGUGGAUGUGGAUGUAGAUGUGGAUAUGGGUGUGAGUGCGAAUGCGCAUGAGGAUUUGAGUGUUAAUGUUAACAACUCGAACAACCUGACCCCAUCUUCUUCUAUCACAUCUAAGACUGGCAAGGAUCUGCAAAUUUCUACAAUCGAUUCAGCGCCAGCGCCAGCGCCAGCGCCUACGCCUACGCCUAUUCCCACUGUCACUACGCCCAUCUUAAGCCUUGAUCUAAAUAAUACAAUCUCGGCUGCCGCCACACCAUUACCGCUGCCGAGUAUCAAUGAACACCCUGCCGCCGCCUCCCUUCUGCAACUUAAGCCACGCAUCAUAGACCAAAAUUAUCAUCAACAUCGUCAUCAUCAAAAACCCCAACUUCAACAUCGCGAUAAUAACAACGACAAUAAUAAAAAUAACGACGACGAAAACAAUACUACCGACAACAACACAACCGAUUAUCUUCGUCUACCUAUAUCUUCCAGCCGUGCUCUAUCUCCUUCAAUACCCGUGUCUCGACCAACAGGGCCGCCAAGACGACAGAGCAUUCUCCCGAACCUCCAAACUACCUUGAUCAAGACUCUCCUCCACACAGGCAACACAGGCAACACAGGCAACAUAGGCUAUGCCAGCAGCGAAGUAGGCCAAGGCGAAGUCGAUCAACUUCUACCCAUUAGCGGAAAUAUGGUUACCAGAAAAGUAUGGGUUAAAAGGCCGCUGGCCUCUCCUACAUUGAUCACUAUAAAUGAGGAGGAUUUAGUUGACGAUGUUCGCGAUAUGAUCUUGCGAAAAUAUGCAAACUCCCUAGGGCGCCAAUACGACUCCCCGGACCUAACGCUUCGUAUAUGUGACAGGGAACAACAGACGAGUAGAACUCUACAACCAGACGAGCCCAUGGGUAGGACCCUUGAUGCCUACUAUCCCGGUGGCCAGUCCGUCGACGACGCCCUCUUAAUCGAUAUACCAAGCCGUCGAACGCCUAAAGCAUCUCCGAAUCCUAGAUACUUCGCCGACGACCGGCCUCACGAAUCCGCAACCGAUUAUUUCCCACCUUAUCCUCCUGCAGCUCAACACCCGAAUAACGCCUCGACAACAGUCCUCAACGGAGCCCAUCAACUUCACUUUCCUCCCUCUUUAACCGUUAUUAAUGGAGGCCAACUGCCGCCGUUGCCGUCUCCCGGCGGGACGAGACGACUCGGAGCUUCAAGACCUAAAAUUCAAAGGAUGCACACUCCAUCACCGGUUUCUACGGUUACGAGCGGUCUUGCUUCGCAACCCGCAGCGCCGCCUAUCGGUAUACACAAUUACCCUAGACAACCGCGCUCAAGGACUCAUUCAGGUGCAUCUUCAGAACAAUCCAGUCACCCGCCUGUCCCUCCCGCGAUCUCGACUCCACCAAUUCCAGAACGCACCGCUACUCCGCCUCCGCCUCCGCGCGUCUCCUCGCCGCGACUCGUUAACCGGCCCAAGAAGAAGAAACCUAUCGAACACCCCUUACUACCACCGGGCAUGCUGAAUGGCGGCGUCCCUCCCAUCAACGUCCUCAUUGUCGAAGACAAUAUCAUCAAUCUAAAGCUGCUAGAAGCCUUCGUUAAGCGAUUAAAAGUCAGGUGGCAGACAGCCAUGAACGGUAGAGAGGCAGUGAAUAAGUGGCGCGCCGGCGGGUUUCAUUUGGUUCUGAUGGAUAUCCAAUUACCCGUCAUGAGCGGUCUCGAGGCCACCCGUGAGAUUAGGAGGAUAGAGAAAGUCAACUCAAUCGGCGUGUUCUCCUCGUCCGCCAGCAGCCCCCCGGACGAGAUCAAGGCAGAACCUGCGGAGGAAGAUAAGCUCGUCAACACGGAGAUGUUUAAAAGUCCCGUCAUCAUCGUCGCUCUCACGGCUAGCUCCUUACAGAGCGAUAGGCACGAGGCCUUGGCUGCCGGUUGCAACGAUUUCCUAACCAAGCCCGUCAACUUUGUCUGGCUCGAGCGGAAGGUGAUGGAAUGGGGUUGCAUGCAGGCUCUAAUCGACUUUGACGGCUGGAGGAAGUGGAAAGACUUCUCGCAGAAGGCCGUGGAGGACGACUCCAAGAAGGCGGCGGCUGCUAAGAACGCCAAGGCCCCUAAGAAGAACCGGUUGUCCAUGACGGCCGCCGCUUGA